AUCAAACACACCCACGCCCCCUCGGAGCGCCUCGUAUCACUCUUUCUCACUCUACAACAUUUGUUCAGAAUUUUUCAUCAAUUAAUUGAACUCAUAAAAGAUUCGUAUACACAUACAUUGAUACUGUUAUAUUUUUAAGUCUUGUGAAGACUCUAGUAUUUAUUCAUUCCUUGCGUAUCAGGUUGGCUUAAGUUUCUGUUAAAGUUAAUUAGAGCUCUUCCUGGAAGAAGGAUGUCCCUUGGCCUCUUUUCUUGAGGAAUCAAAAUGUCAGGGAUACUCAGUUCAGGAUUGAACGGAUCGAAUUCAAACCUUCCAGAUAACACUGGAAGAGCUUUUGCAACUUCCUUUUCUGCUCAGUCUGGUUCCUCCGGCGCUGUUCUAAAUCAAUCUGGUGGAAACAUUCAAGGGCUUCACAACAUCCAUGGUAACUUCAACAUGUCAAACAUGCCGGGCCCAUAUGCAUCAAGAAAUUCGGCGAAUCUUGCUGGUCUUCCUAAUGGUGUCCAACAAGCUCCAGGAAGUGUGUCUAAUGGGAGAUACACUAUAAAUAGUCUUCCUAAUGCACUUUCUCAGCUCUCUCUUGGAAGUUCACAUGGACAUUCAGGUGUUACAAAUACUGGGGGCCCCGGCGUGCUUACAAAUAUUGGAAAUUCAGGGCGAAUAACAAAUUCUAUAGGUGGUCUUGUGGGUGGGGGCAAUACUUCAAGAGGUGCGAGUUCUGCUGGGGUUGCAAACAUCCCUGGUCUUGCUUCUCGCUUGAACUUGACUGCUCCGCAGGUUGUAUCUAUUCUAGGCAAUUCAUAUUCCGGUGCUGGUGUGCCUCUCUCCCAAAACCAAUUUCAAGCUGGGAAUAAUAACUUUAGUUUCAUGGCAUUGCUAAAUGACUCGAAUGCCCAUGAUAAUGCUACCUUUGAUGUAAAUGACUUUCCCCAGCUAUCUGGGCGCCCUCCUUCGGCUGGUGGCUCUCAUGGUCAAAUAGGUUUGAUGCAAAAACAUAACAUUGGUUUCGGCCAACAGAACCAAGAAUUCAGCAUUCAGAAUGAAGAUUUCCCUGCUUUGCCGGGAUAUAAAGGUGGGCUUAACGUUGGAGGUAGUGCUGAAUAUACUGUAAACGCACACCAAAAAGAACAAAUUCAUGACAGUAUGGCAAAUUUAAUGCAGUCCCAGCAACUAUCUAUGGGACGAUCUUCUGGUUUUAAUUUUGGGGGCUCAUAUUCAUCACAUCAUCCUCAGCAACAUCGUGCUUCGUCAAUAAAUGGCACUGGGGUUUCCUAUCUAACAUCAGGCAAUCAAGAUCUUCAUUUCCAUGGUCCUGAGCAGUACCAGCAAUUCCAGCAGUCGCAAUCUCGUUUCAUCAAUCCAUUCAGAGAUAAAGAGAUGAAAUCGACUCAGGGAUCCCAGAGUGUGCCUGAUCAAUAUGGGAUGCUUGGUUUAUUGAGCAUCAUAAAAAUGGUCAAUCCAGCAUUAACCUCUCUUGCUCUGGGAAUUGAUCUGACCACUCUUGGUCUGAAUUUAAAUUCAUCUGAGACACUUCACAAGAAGUUUGCAUCUCCCUGGUCUGAUGAACCUGUCAGAGGAGAGCCAGAGUACAGUGUUCCUGAGUGUUAUUAUGCUAAACAAACUCCUCCAUUGAAGCAAACUUACUUUGCAAGAUUCCGGCCAGAAACACUGUUUUAUAUCUUUUACAGCAUGCCAAAAGAUGAGGCGCAACUCUUUGCAGCAAAUGAACUUUGCAAUCGAGGAUGGUUCUAUCACAGAGAACUCCGCUUGUGGUUCACCAGGGUGAAGAAUAUGGAACCUCUUGUCAAGACAAACACUUACGAGAGAGGUUGCUACUUCUGUUUCGAUCCCAACACCUGGCAGACUGCAAGAAAGGAUAACUUCGUCCUGCAUUAUGAAAUGGUCGAGAAAAGACCCGCUCUCCCUCAGCAGUAGUCGGAAUCAUUCUGUGUCUUCAUUGUUGUCUAAAUCCUAAUUUAGAAUUAUGUUUCGUCACAGCUGAAUCUUGUGACAAUGCUCCGUGUUGUACCUUGAAUUACACCUCUGUUCAUACAUGUUUUCUUUGAGCAGCUUCCUUAGGACUAAUGGAACUAAUUUUGUCAUUCAGUUUGUUAUUGUUUGUCGUGUUAGAUGUAUAUGUUGUGGUGUAGGCUGGAUUUUUUAGCUGAAAUUAAUUUGAUGAGCGUUUUCGAUAUA